UACCUUAAAACACAGAUAUAACAAACAUAUUUGCUAUCUUUGCUAAAACUCUAACCUUAAACCCAAAUCCUUACCUCAUUUUCAAAUUUAAUGGUGUUGGGACGUCCCAACCAGCCUAAAAUAGUACCUUCCUUACCCAAGUUGCCAUGGUGACGACGUGUGUUUGAGGAAGGGCACACGGACUUGCAGCAAGAGCAUCAGGCUACAGCACAAACAACAACGUCCAGAUAUUAAGAUUGGUCAUCAAAAUAAUACUAGCUAGCUAACCUAAAGCUCAGGAUGGAUGACUCUCAUGAGGUUUUAAACUUCUCAGCGCUGGAGCGGGAGUUGCAGUCUGCUGUAGAAGCAGACAAGAAAUAUCAAAGAGAAAAUGAUGCAAAGUUCCGUGCUCUACACCAGAAGGUCGGAACGUAUGAGGAGUUUAGGGACAUAGUCCUGGCAUCCAACCUGAAACCACUGGACAGGAAGGAUAAAGCUGGAGCUCCUCGCAAACAGCCAUGGAAUGCUCUCGCCUCCACUGACAAAGGGCAGAACCAGACUAGCUGUGAUGAAAUAGGCCUAAAGCCUCAGUUGUCCGAGUUCCUGCCCAGGACAGCAUCAGAGUUCAGCCGGGACUGGCGCAGGUUCGGCAGUGAAAACCCAGAGGAUAAAUACAGCCUCCUGCUCUCCCUAGGUGGAGAGGGCCUUCGGAACAUCUUCAGGGCUGAGGUGGGGUUCGGACUACUGGGGGAAUUUCUUGUGUUCCUUUCCAGUGGUCUCCAGCCUGGGGAUGAGGCCAUGGUGAUAGGGAUCCUGGAGGGGCUGUCCAAGACCCCCAGGUUUGGCCUCAAUGUGUGCCUCCUGAGCCAGGCUGAGAGAGAGGCAUGUGGAGAUCUGUUUCAGAACCUGAGGAAAGCAUCAGCAGCGGGGAAUAGCAGUGUCAAAGGAUCCAAAGGGGAUGUCAUUGUCCAUGGAAGUAAUGUGGAAGAGAUUAAAGAGACACAAGAUGCUGAGCCAGAGACUCUGUUUCCAGGACAGACCAGCGAGGAUGCCGGAAGAAGCAGUGAUACUGAAACUUUAAAUGGUAUAAUGCAGUUGUAUGGGGUUCAAACGGUCUCUCCUCCUCAGUAAGAAACAUUACACAAACCCAUAUUGGACUUAUUGUUUUCAGAAAUAACAAUGACUGUUACUAUACAUUGUAGAGUUUUAUGUGGUUGCAAAAACUUUAGUAUCGUUUGUUUGUUCUUUAUUCUGAAAUGUAUAAUAUGUAAAAGUUAUAUGAAGGACAAUGUUCACUACCAUGCAAUGCAGUGUCAAAGUGAAAUGACAAUAACUGCCAUGGUAACCAGAGAAUCUCUUUGUGGAUCUCUGAACAUUCUAGAAUACGUAAUGGCCCUUUCAUAGCAUAUCUAGAUAGACUAAGAAUAACUUGAAGAGGACAACGAUGGGGCUAGGGACAUGAUGAUCCCUUUAAAACACAUAUCCCUGUUGCUACUCCUCCAGACCCUCUCUUUCUCCCUACUGUCUACCUAUGAGGCCCCUGAAGACAAGGAGGACAUUUUUGCCAGUAGGGCCUGUCCUGCCUUCCUUGUGUUUGACAAUGCUGCCUAUUUGGUUGACAUGACCGUAGAGCUGCCCUGUCACUGUAAGCCUGAGGAGGCCCACUCUGUGGUAUGGUACUACCAGAAAAAGCUGGGCAGCCCGGACACCAGGGCCCUCACUGACUUCCAGGGCACCUCUGUGGUGGACUCAUCCAAAGUGGGCCGGGGAGGGGACCUCCGGAGUAGGUUCUCCAUCCGCCUCUUCAGCUUGCUCAUCUUUAGGGCCCAGGAGGAAGACUCGGGCCACUACCUCUGUGGGACGACCAAGGGGGACUUCUUCUAUGGUUAUGACGUGGACGUCCAAGAGGCUCACAGGGUGUCCUUUCCCUGGAGUCGUGCCCAGAGACGGGGGAGAGCAGCAGCAGUGGCGGUGAGGGCAGCUUUGAGAUCCAACGAGGAUCUUCCACUCUACCAAGUGUUCACCAGCUUCUGGCCGUGGUCCGUGUGCGACCGCUGUGGCGUGCGGGGUGAGCAGACCCGCGUAGGACUCUGCUACGUGAAGAGCGACUACCUCCACGUGCGCUACAGGUGGACAUCUCAGACAGUGGCCUCUUGCGGCUCCUCCGCUGUACCCCAACGGUUUGGCCUCACCCAGACCAACCACCAGGGGGCAGAGCUGGGGGUGCGGAGCUGCCAGGUCCCCUGCCCCCCCAAGUCCAUCGCCCAGCCAGAACACCAGGCCCUGCUGGAGUUCCUGGGCUACAACGAGCCAGCAGCUCAUGGGGUCCCUGUCUACUACCACAACCACCCAGUGGACACCCCACUCAUCCUCUCCUGCCCUGGAGCCAAACCUCAGCAUGCGGUAGCCUGGGACCAAGGCUCUAGGCCUCUGUAUCGCUCCCAGUACAUGGAGGGUCUGAACGGGACCUUCCGUCUGUUCAUAGACACAGGCCACCACCUGCACUUCAGCCCAGCAACACAGGACGACAGAGGGUCCUACUACUGCUGGAUCCAGGGGAAGAGGGCUGCUGAGAUCAGGCUGGGGGUUUACUACCGUCUGGGCCGCAAGCGUCUGCUCUCUGACCCUGAGUCGCUCUAUGCCCUGAGGAUUAUUCUCCUCUGCUACGGAGGGAUGACUGGGGUAUUUGUUUUGAUAGUGCUGUUGAAGUAUACUUGGCGCACAGUAAGACCAAAAGUAGCCAAAUACUAGAAAUCUGCUUGCCACUUGAUGAGAUUUCUUUUUUAGUUAUUUUGAACAAAUCAUUUUGUGAAAUGUAUGAUUGUCUUUACGUCCAAUUUGUCUAAAUCUUAGCUAAAGAAAUAAAGUGUGUUAAUAAAGUGUGCUCAUGAUGUAGGAA